AUGCUCGAGGUUCGAUUAGGGAUCGACCCGUCCGAGACCCAGAAAUACACCACGACUCUGCUUUCGAUCCAUGGCUUGCUCACGGUCCUUGUAGCGCCCGUGGUUGCGCAUUUUGCAGACAAGACACCUAAUCGGAAAGUCCCGUUGCUGAUGGCGUUGACAUUAUGUCUGGUCGGGACGAUUCUUGUGGCUUGGACUCCAUCUGUUUGGGCUCUUUUCCUCGGACGAUAUCUACAGGCAGUCGGCGGCUCGGCGACAUGGAUUGUCUGCUUUGCGAUUCUCCUCGAUUGUACUGCGGCCGAAAACUUAGGGAAAAUCACAGGCAUCACCAUGACCUUCGUCACCGCUGGAAUCAUUAGCGGGCCUACAGUGGCAGGAGUCCUACUAGAAUUAUUUGGUUACUGGGCCACUUGGUCUGUACCAAUGAUCAUUCUCGUUCUGGAUAUCAUCGCCCCUCUCCUUAUGAUCCAGACCCGGGAUCUACCAUCCACAUCUACUAAAACCGACACCCCAUCUCCAUUGAACGGCGAUGAAACGAUCACCGACGAAACCACGGCCCUUCUCUCAGACAAUACCUCCCCCCCACCCAAACCUGACGCAGUGGACCCUGUGGAUCGCGAUACCCCAUCACCUAGAAAAGGCUUCCACCGUAUCAUACUCUCAGAUGUACGAGUCCUAGUCGGACUAUCCAACACCCUCCUUUACUCCUCCAUCAUAUCCGGUUUUGACAGUACGCUCCCACUCCAUCUACGGGAUAUAUUCGGCUGGGGAAGCAUGGCUACCGGAUUAACGUUUUUCUGUCUUCAACUCCCGUCUUUCUUUCUUGCCGCUUUAUCGGGUAUGCUCCGUGACCGAUGCGGAGUACGAUACCCCGCUGCCAUCGGCUGGGGCCUAAUGGGUCCAUUACUGUGGCUGUUGGGGAUGCCCGGUGAUAAAAGUUUUCCAUGGGCUGGUGCAGAAGCUGGUGGGAAGACUAUAUUUCCCUGUACCUUGUUUGUGUUUGGGGCAGUUUCGAUGUUAGUUCGUGGUUCCGGGUCACUACAGUUAAAUUUGGUCGUCAAAGAUAUGCAGUCAAAAGAUCCCUUGAUAUUCGGUCCUGGCGGGGGUAAUGCUCGAGUUCAUUCCAUUUUGGAAAUGGCGUUCAGCACAGGAAUGAUGCUGGGACCCUUCCUCUCCGGAGUGUUGACGGAGAAGGUGGGAUAUUAUUACAUGACUUUUACAUUCGGAUGUAUUUCGCUGCUUCUGUCGGCCCUUUGCUUUCGUUUCUUAGACGGCAAACGGGCAAGGGGAGCUACUUCACCGGCUUGA